UUUGCUUCGGGCUUGGAAGGGGGUGUCGCGAGCGAAUGCGCGCUCCCUCAGCCGCCGCCAUUACUGAAUUGAGGAGAAGCUGUGGAGAGACAGCGGCGGCAGGAGAAGGGACGAGGAGCGGAGGAGAGGGCACCGAAUCCCGGGACCGACACUAAGAGGCAGCGGCGGAGGAGGCUGGAGAUGUGAGGGCGGGAUGUGUCCCCGAGACAGAUGUGCCAUUUGCGGUCAUGUUUGAGGAUACGUGGGUUCGAUGGAGAACAUGAAAAAUACAGCAAAAUCUUACCUCUGUCUUUGACCAUAUAUAAAGGCAUAAUUUGAAAGUUGAGAAUGAGACGUAUGCCUACCUGUCUAAAUGUACUCAGAAGGAUGAGAGGGGAGUGAUGAUGGCAAAGAAUAAGGAGCCGCGUCCCCCAUCAUAUACUAUUAGUGUUAUAGGAUUGUCUGGAACUGAGAAGGAUAAAGGCAACUGCGGAGUUGGGAAGUCGUGCUUAUGUAACAGAUAUGUCCACCCAAAGGCAGAUGAAUAUUAUCAUGAACACACCUCUGUUCUUAGCACAAUUGAUUUUGGAGGACGUGUUGUCAACAAUGACCACUUUUUGUAUUGGGGUGACGUAACACAGAUAGGUGAAGAUGGGGUUGAUUGCAAACAUCACAUUAUUGAACAGACAGAGUUCAUAGAUGAUCAGACUUUCCUUCCGCAUCGAAGUACAAACCUUCAGCCCUAUAUAAAGAGGGCAGCAGCUUCAAAGAUUCAGUCGGCUGAAAAACUAAUGUAUAUUUGCACAGACCAGCUUGGCCUGGAGCAGGACUUUGAGCAAAAGCAAAUGCCAGAAGGAAAGUUAACUAUAGAUGGCUUUGUUCUAUGCAUUGAUGUUAGCCAAGGAUGCAAUCGAAAAUUUGAUGAUCAGUUAAAGUUUGUUAAUAACCUCUAUGCUCAAGUAGUAAAAGCAAAGAAGCCUGUUAUCAUUGCAGCAACAAAAUGUGAUGAGUGUGUCGACCACUAUCUGAGAGAAGUUCAGGGCUUUGCCUCCAACAAGAAAAACAUAGUUGUGGUAGAAACCUCCGCCCGAAACAAUAUUAAUGUUGAGACAUGUUUCACAGCACUAAUGCAAAUGCUGGACAAAACUCGAAGUAAGCCCAAGAUAAUCCCUUAUCUAGAGGCAUUUAAAACACACAGACAGAUUGUUGCUUCUGCUACUGAUAAAUUUGAAAAGCUUAUUGUACAAACAGUUCGUGAUUACCAUGCAACUUGGAAAACUGUUAGUAAUAAAUUAAAAAACCACUCGGAUUAUGAAAAUUACAUUAAUUUAGAGGGAACCAUGAAAGCUAAAAAUACAUUCUCCAAGCACAUAGAACAGCUAAAACAGGAGCAUAUUCGAAAAAGAAAGGAGGAAUACUUAAAAACACUACCAAGAACACUCAAUACAUUGCUGCCAAAACUUGAGGAGAUAGAAAAUUUAAACUGGGCAGAAGCUCUCCGGUUUCUAGAGAAGAGGCCUGACUUCAGCCUUUGGUUUGUAAUGCUGGAAAAGACUCCCUGGGACCAGUCGGAUCAUAUUGACAAUGUAAAUGACAGAAGAGUUCCAUUUGAUCUUCUCUGUACACUAGAGGUUGAAAAGGUCUACCAAAGCCAUGUGCAAAACUUGGUUACUGAGAAGAAGAGGGUAGAAAUGAAAGAGAAGUUCAAAAAAACACUUGAAAAGAUACCGUUUAUUUCCCCUGGUCAGCCGUGGGAAGAGGUUAUGUGUUUUGUUUUGGACGAUGAAGCUUACAAGUUCAUCAGUGAGGCAGACCGUAUAGCAGUAUAUCGCAAGCACCAGCGGGAAAUUAUUGAAAAAGCCAAAGAAGAAUUUCAAGAGAUGCUUUUUGAGCACUCCGAGUUGUUUUAUGACCUAGAUCUUAAUGCUACACCAAGCACUGAUAAAAUGUCUGAAAUUAAUGCAGUCCUUGGGGAAGAACCUAGAUAUAAAGCUUUGCAAAAGCUUGCAACUGACAGAGAAUCUCUUCUUCUUAAACACAUAGGAUUUGUUUACCACCCUACAAAGGAAACUUGUCUUAGUGUCCAAAGCUGCAUGGACAUUAAAGUGGAACAAAUACUCGCCAACAGUCUCUUACAAUCAAAUCUUGGCCGUCUGAACAUGUAUCAAGAUGGUACCAACCUUGAUAAAGUGAACCUACUAAUUCUUGGGAAAGACAGCCUGCCUCAAGAGAUGGCCAAUGAAAUAAGGACCCAGUCAACAGAUGAUGAGUUUGCACUAGAUGGAAAAAUUUAUGAAUUGGAUUUGAGAGCCGUGGAUGCUAACUCCCCCUAUCUAUUUAGCCAGUUAUGGUCCUCUGCAUUUAAGCCACAUGGCUGUUUUUGUGUGUUUAGCUCUAUUGAGUCACUUAAUUUUUUAGGUGACUGUAUUGGCAAAAUUAGAUGUGAGGCCCAGGCAAGAAGAGAUAAAGAUAUUGCAAACCUCCCGUUCACAUUAAUUUUGGCCAACCAGAGAGAAACCCUUAGCAAAAACCUGCCAAUCUUGAGACAUCAAGGACAGCAGCUGGCAAAUAAACUCCAGUGCCAUUUUGUGGAUAUACCUGCUGGCACAUUCCCACGUAAAUUUAAUGAGGCUCAAAUAAAACAAGCUCUUAGGGGAGUAUUAGAAUCUAUUAAGCACAAUUCAGAUAUUGCAAGCCCUGUUCCGGCUAUUAAAGACCUUUCAGAAGCUGACUUGAGAAUUGUAAUGUGUGCCAUGUGUGGGGAUCCGUUUAGUGUGGAUCUUAUUCUUUCCCCCUUUUUAGAGUCCCGCACUUGCAGUGCUGCCCAGCCUGGACAAAAUAAUUCUCUGAUGCUUGAUAAAAUCAUUGGUGAAAAACGGAGGAGGAUACAGAUAACCAUUUUGUCAUACCAUUCUUCUAUUGGUAUUCGAAAAGAUGAACUUGUCCAUGGGUACAUUCUAAUUUAUUCAGCAAAACGAAAAGCAUCUAUGGGAAUGCUCCGUGCUUUUCUUUCAGAAAUUCAGGACACUAUUCCUGUUCAGUUAGUAGCAGUAACAGACAGCCAAGCAGACUUCUUUGAGAAUGAAGCCAUUAAAGAAUUGAUGACUGAAGGAGAGCACAUUGCCACUGAAAUUUCUGCAAAGUUCACGGCUUUAUAUUCACUGUCUCAGUAUCAUCGGCAGACAGAGGUUUUCACACCAUUCUUCAGUGAUGUUUUGGAAAAGAAAACAUCCAUUGAAAAUUCCUAUUUGGCAGAAAGCAGUAGAGAGCAAAGUCAGCCUUGUGAAGAUGUGUUUCUUCAUUCACCCCGUGGAAAUUCGCCAGCAUACAGUUGCUACCCAGAUUCUGAGGAUGACUCAGAAGCCCCCCCUCCUUAUAGUCCCAUUGGGGAUGAUGUGCAACUGCUGCCAAAGUGUAAUUUGGAUAAUGAAGGGAAUGAAUAUCCCACACAUAGCACUCCGUUAAAUUGCCACGAUCAUGAGCGCAACCAUAAAGUGCCUCCCCUAAUAAAAUCUAAGCCACCUGGACCCAAGUCAAAGGUAAAUAGACUAGACCCAAAUCUUGUGAGAACUAUUGAAGCUGGCAUUAGUAAAAACCCAAAGAAGCUAACUACUCGCUUCCCUUUGCACCCAGAAGAUGCUGAUUCAUCUGAAAAUUACGCAGAGCCAGUUGACACUAUAUUUAAAUCCAAAGAUUUUAUUAAUGACAUCUACGCAGUACCUGAUGACGGUCAAAACCACCUUCUAAAAAUGCCCCAUUUAUUCCCUAAUGCAAAAGCAGAUGAAGAAAAUGGUAUCUCUGACCGACCUAUGCGGGGCCAGGGAGAGAGGAGGCCAUCAAAAUAUAAAUACAGAUCAAAGACACUAUUCAGCAAGACAAAAUCCUAUACCUAUCGACGAAGCCAUUCAGAUGCCAGUGAUGAGGAAGCUCUUACUAUCAGUGGAAAGGAUAGAAAGCGGAAACCAAAGCACAGGCCAAGUGAAGAAGACCCUCUUCUUUCUCCAGUAGACACUUGGAAGGGGGGUAUUGAUAAUCCAGCUAUCACUUCUGAUCAGGAGCAGGAAGAAAGAAAAACAAAGAAAAAGCCACCUAAAGUGAAAGAGGACAAGAAGAAAAAGAAGACCAAGCCUUUUAACCCACCAACACGGCGGAACUGGGAAAGUAACUAUUUUGGCAAGCCCCUUCAUGAGCUGGUGACCCCAGAAAAGCCUAUUCCAGUCUUUGUGAAGAAAUGUGUGGACUACAUUGAGGACUCAGGACUAGGUACAGAAGGUCUGUAUCGUGUGAGUGGCUACAAGACGGACCAAGAUAAUAUUCAGAAACAAUUUGAUCAGGAUAAUAAUUUGAAUUUGGCUUUGAUGGAGGUGAAUGUGAAUGCGGUGGCUGGUGCUCUAAAGGCAUUCUUUGCAGACCUGCCAGCACCUUUAAUAUCAUAUGUUCAUCACCCAGAUCUUCUGGAAGCUUCAAAAAUCCCGGACAAGAUGGAGAGACUUCAUGCCUUGAAGGAUAUUUUACGGGCUUUCCCUCCUGUCAACUUUGAGGUCUUAAAAUAUAUUAUAUCUCAUCUAAACAGGGUCAGUAAACACAAUAAAACCAACCUUAUGACCGCCGACAACCUUUCCAUCUGCUUCUGGCCUACCCUUAUGCGUCCAGAUUUUGAAAACAAAGAGUUCUUCUCAACCACGAAGAACCACCAAUCUGUCAUAGAAGCAUUUAUUCAGCAGUGCCAGUUUUUCUUUUAUGAUGGCGAUGUGGUUGAUUCUCCAAGCGUUACCAGUUCUCCGUCAGCACAGCAUGGCAGUCCAGGACAACUAGCAACACCUUUAGUCCCUCUGCAGUUACCUCCUCCACUUCAGCCUCAGCUACUACAACCCACACUGCAGGCUGACCCUUUGGGCAUCAUAUAAAUGGGCACGACUGUACUUUAUUUAAUAACCCCGGGUCCUUACUGACUGACCAUAACACAGGAGAAAAACCGAAGACUGUUCACCUGUAGUAAUAUCUUAAUGACACAGAUUGAUCCAAUUAUUUUUAGUUCUUGUUAUUUUUGUUUGUAUUUUUUUUAAACACUUUGGACCGUCUAGAUAAAGAUCGAUCUGUGGCAGGCCUUGUUUGUGAAAUUUUGCUGCUGCAUGGAACUACAAAUACUAUACACUUCUCCAAGUGUCGGGAAGAUACUUCUCAGAAGAGUGGAUAACACACAGAUUAAAGAAAAUGGUUCUUUUCUAUAGAAAAAUCUAAUUAAAUUUACAGAAAUAAAUCAUUUAUCAAGCAUUAGUGCUUUCCCAGCCCGUCUAAAGGCUGAGAUUUAUUUUGGUGUCAAAGCAUCUGUGGUGUGCAGACGUGGGUAUGUGUGGGUGCGUGUGGGAAGCCUGGCAGUGGGGUGGGUUAUGGAUUACUUGUUGGCGGUGCUUGGUUCAGAGCUUAUCUUGUAAAUGAUACAAAGUAAUAAUUGUAUGUACAUAUAUAAAUGUUUACAUAUUUCAGGAAUAAACAUCCAUCCAUUGAAUCAAUGUUUUGUUCUGCAUGAGGAAAUGGGUAAACCGAAAGUCACUGAUAUCUACUAUCAUCUUCCACCUUAAUUACUGAACAGCCACUUUCAUUAUAAAAGGAGUUUAAUCUUCAAAUUUACCUAUUGAUCUUAAUUGUUUUGGGUAAUCCUGAAAUACACUGAAAUGGUUAAUUUGGAAAAAAAUGAUCAGAUAUUUAUGAAUAUGUUGUAGGAUGUGGUAAUGCCUAAGCAUUCCUUCUUAACCGUAACUUCAUACAGCUGUGUCUGUAUGUAACUGAAAUAUGCACUUUGACUUUUGCACAUCGGCCCUGUAUUGACUUUACACUAUGAGCAGGGGUGGCCUAAAAAAUUCCAUAUUUUGCCAUAAGACAUUAAAGUGUAUGUAUAUCCUAACGAUUAACCUUUUAGUUUCUCAGUUUUGGUCUGUUAAAUUUACUAUUGAAAGCUUUUUGUCUUGUCUGUUCGAUGCAACGAAAUACCCAUUGAUUCUGACUGAAAUCCAGUAAGGUCCUGUGCACACUGCAGUGUUAUAUCAAGGAAAGUGAUCAGCCCUGCUCUGUAAACUUCUGAAAACCUUUCCCUCAUAUUUUGGAGAUGAUGAAAGGGGAAAGGUGUUUUGUAGUCCAAACACAAUGUUUGUCCCAGGGUGACAAUGCUGCUCAUCCAGUAAAGUGAAUUAACUUUGUCACCCUAGCAUAAAAAGUGUGUUACUGCCAGUAUUGCCAAGUGAAAAUUUAAAUGGAAAACCUAUUAGACGCUACAUUGAAGUAUUGGAAAUAUAGAAGUAUGAUUUGUUUGUUUUUGGGUUCAGACACAUUUCACGAUCUGUGCAAUUCUCUAAGGUAAAGUAAUUGCAGCAACAAUUUUUUUUAUUUAUUUAGAUAUUUUUUUUAUAUAUUCUAAAGGUAGCAGGGUACUUCUAUAGAACAAUAUAGCAUAUUAAAUUGCAAAUAAAGCAGAUCUGUGUAAACUCAGUCUGCAUCUAUGGGCAGAUUAAGAACUUAAAGAAAGGAGAAAAACACUUUCCCCAGACUGGCCCUCACAUCUGGUCAGUUUAUUACGCUGGAACUUCUAUUUUUGCCAGAACACUUUAAAAUGUAUGGUACAUUUCAUUUCCAUUUAAGAAACAGUAGAAUGAACCUUGAGGCUGUAAAUCUGUUGAAAUCCAAAGUUCACGGCUUAAUUCUGAAAUUUCUGGAUGGUAUAGCUUAAACUUGUUUUAAUGUAAAUAUCCUACACAUCCAAGAAAUUAAAUGUCUGUUGUCCAAAAGCCAACCUCCAUAACCUGUAAAAUGUUCCCAUCUUAUACUAUUAACAUUAUAAAUAUUAUUCAUAGAUGAGUAGCUGACAAAUAAAUUUGAUCCACACAAA